CAUAAAGUGAUACUGAAAAUGUAUGCUUGUCCAUUAUUUGAGAAAUCCCUUAUACCCGGAAGGAGCCCAAAACGACUUGUUACCUGCAGGCUUUGACUGGCACAGACGGCUUCAAAGAACGAGGGGAGGACCAGGCUCGAACCGGGAUAGAAUGGGGAUCAUUCGAUAGUUAACUCACAUAGCGGUGAGACCUUGCUUAUGUUGCAGGAAGGAAUAACGUAUGUGCAAAUGUUUCAUGAAGUAUAACACCUUACAUUGUGACUAGAAAAAUGGAAGUGACACCCGGUUUGUCAAGAACUGCAGAUGAUAAAUGUCAUGAAUAUUCAGUCCAUAGUGCAGGUUCGAAAUGUCAGUUGAAAGAUGUGUUCAUAUAUUGUGACAGUCUUCUUCAAGAAGUGAACAUCAUUGAUACACAAGCAUCAGCAACAAUUUCUGCCGAUUCGAUGGUGAUUGGAGAAGAACUGUAUCAGGCUAUCAUGGAAAUAUUAGGAGAAAAAAUAUUCAUCAUUGAUAGGGACCUUAUUCAUUUUGAUGAAGUAGAUCAAUUCCGUGAAGUCGAAGAAAAUUCAUCCAACACUGAAGAUUAUGAGCCAGUGGAAAAGGCGUCAAAAGGCGAUUAUGUUCCGUUGGAGACCAAAAGAAAAGUUGUUAAACUGGCGAAAGGACACCCCAAAUGGAGUCUCCGAACUCUCCAGAUAAAAGGGUGUAGAAGUUUGACAAGAAAAGACGAAUUGAAGAGAUGGGAAGAAAACAUAAAACCUGGAGGAUCAACGAUCGAUAAAUAUUUGGUAAUUGAUUCGUGGAUCUAUGACCGUUUCGUGGAGUCUUGCCAAAAUUGUCAGCAAGUAACAACCAGAAACUUACAGCAGUGGGCUUUGGCUGCUGAAGGUCAAUUCCAGUCGGAGGACUUCAUCUUCAAAGCAUCACUUUCAUGGUUAAAAAAUUCAAACUAUGGCACAGAAUUUGGCAGAGUUUGAGGGAAUGUAUGUCUGAAGAAGGAACGCUGGGCAAUCAUCCCGAAUUUCAAAAAAAUUGUUAUCAAUACAGACCAAACAGGUUGCCAGUACCAGUCCACAUACAACAGAACUCUCGCCGAAAGAAAAUCAAAGACCAUGUUUUUUCAGAAGGCGCUAUAUGAUGCGAUAACAUUGUGUGGCGAAUUAUUUUCGCACAUGUUUGUUUGUUUGCAAGAAGCCACGGGGAAGUCUGGACCAAAUGUUCGGAACACCAUUGACAAAUAAAUGACAGAUCUUUCAAAUGUGGUCAUAAAGAGUUUGAAAUCCAGGAAACUUACCAGGCAAUUAUAUUACUCAUUUUUAUCUAGUGUCAUGCUUCCCUAUGUGAAGAAAGGAAAAUUCUUAUUAAUAAUAGAUUCUUGAGGGUGUCAAACAAAUCCUGGUUUGUACGAAGAAAUUUUCAUCGAUGACAAAGGACUUGGAACAUGUACGAUUAAAGUUGUAUCUCUGAAAUGCACGCCAGUUUGUCAACCUUGCGAUGUUUAAUUCUUAUGGCAAGUCAAAAAUUUCAUUAAGCGUCUUCAAAAUUGUUCUUAUUUAAUCGAAAGAGAACGAGAAAUUGCUUCUCGUGAAGACGCUAUUAAAAUACACUCGAUACUGCAUGACCAGUUAUCAGCACCAAUAUUUAAGGAAAUGCUGUGUUAUGCAUGGUUUGCUUCCAAAUUAUCGGCUGAAAGAGACGUUUUUGAAAACGUUAACAAGGUUUGUUUUUCCUUGGAAAACCUUAAAAAUCUUGCGUAUGUGGAAACAUAGCAUUUAUUCAAUGCAGCUGGUGCCAUUUAACUUAAUGUUUUCCAUGUUUUCACGAAAAAUACCAUCCUGCAACUUGUACUCGUAAUGUCGAAAGCGACGAUUAAUUGUACAUCUUUCGAAAGCCAUCUGUGCCGGUCAAAACUCGCAGAUAACAAGUAGUUUCGGGCUCCUUCCAGGUAUAAAGGAGUUCUCAAAUCACGGACAAGCAUACAUUUUCAGUAUCACCUUAUGCGCUUGGUCAUUUACUAGUCGAUAGUUAUGAAUAUUAUAUUAUUUGUCAUAAUUAAAAUUUGUAGACUGCCAAAUAACAUUGUAAAUUUGAUAAAAGUUCAUCCAAUUACAUGUAUUUUUCCCAUUAUAUCAAUUGUAAUAUAAAUAGUAAAGAAUAUAACUGUGUUGGGGGACUGAUGAACGGGACUCGAUCAAGCGACUAUGGGGCUUGAACGCUAACCACUCGGCUGCUGCCGCUUCAUGGUAAAAAUGGCAAUGAACAAGUAUAUAUUUGACGACUGAAAUUGUCUUGAAAUUUUUUCAAUAAUGCUUGAGAAGUAUGUGCUACUGGUUACACAUUUUGUUGUCCUAAUGGAGUUUGAAGUAAAUCCGCGUUUCAAACGUUGUGGCCUCCCCUUGUGAAAAGAAAGCACCAUCUACAACUAGGGUCUUCAAACCUGAUCUUUUUGCUCAGGAGUCAAUACUGACUUCGUGGGACAGCAUCCUGGGUCAUAUAUGUACUGAUCCUACUAUUAAUUGUAGCUAUAGUGUGGGUGCAAUAAGUCGGCUGCUGACCACCCCAAAUACUGAUCAUUAAGAGUCAGCACCAUUUGUAACACUCUUUUUUUCUGAUUGCCUGUUCCAGAUUGCUGCCACCCUCAGUGAUCCCAAAAUUGUGGCACUGCAGUUGCCUGAUGGAGUCCUGUUGUAUUGUCCGUGUGAGCUGAUGAUUAAUUGAUUACCAACAGCAAUUGUACUUAUGCUGAAAUACUAUAUUAAAUAUGAUUAUAAAUGCGUAAUAAAGGCUUUGAAUCUCAUU